CUCAGCCAAUAAGGUUCUUGUUUUUAUAGAAAGCAAGGAAUUAAGUAUCACAACACAAGUGAAAUAGUGUUCGAGGCAGGGUUACCAGUGGAUUUUAAAAAUACAAUUAGCUGAAAAGAAGACUUAAGGACAGAACAAGCUUAAUGUUUCAGAACCAUAUUCAAUAUGCAUCCGUAGUCUGGACAAUCAGCGACUGGGUCAACAAUGGGCCGUUACCUCAGCAUCGGCUUAAGGUCUGUGGACAGGAGUUUGAGAUCAUACUGUAAAAUGAGAUAUCUCAUAGUUCUCUUCAGAAGGUCCCCACAUUCAGGCCAUGAAGCACUCCACCUUCGUAGAUAUUCAUUAUUAUCAAAUGAUCUUUCCAGAUUUCAACAAAGAGCCAUUUUUACACAUUUUAAUCUGUGUAAAGGCAUCUUUCUUAGGGGUUUUUCCAAAGAAGUAUAUAACCUGCACAUUGUGCGAUGCUAUUCGUCCUCAGACCAGCAUGUUUUCAAGGCUCACGCUCCAAUUGGGGUCAUUGAGGACGCACAGAACAGUUUUGAGUUAGCCUCUCUGGGAGGACGCCUAGGUCAAUCUUUUUAUCGGUUGUCCAGACAUAUUAACUUUUAUUUCAAGAACAAGGAUACUGUGCCCAUAGUUGAAAAUGGCGGUAUUGUUGUCACAACUCGGACAUAUCUUGGCGUGAGACAAAAGCGUUUUCAAAGUCAGCGGGCAGCUGGAAACAUUACAUCCAAAGGCAAACACAGAACAGAACCCAUGAAGGAAAGGAAGGAGGACUUGGGUGUUGAGGUCCAGAAUAAAUCUGGACUGCAACUUUUUCACAUCAGUUCUUUGGCGACAAGAUUUGGCGAGAGCUACAAUUACGUCGCCAGUCAUAUUAACUCCGUCUUCUCUCAGGGUGUUUCCAAAGUAGAGAAAGAUGAAAUUAUGUCUCCAACCAAAGGGUCCAACAGAAGACAGAAAAUGAGAAACAUACAUAGUAAUCUCAUCAUAACUUCCAAAAAGAGAGGAAUAAAAUCAUGUAUGGAGCAGGCAACAGUGGAACCUGACCAUGGCAACAGCUGGGAGGAUAGUUAUCGCUACUUUGCAAGACACAUCAACAGGUACUUUGGUGCAAAGGUUGCUGAUGAUGCCAGCCAUCAGAAUCCAACUAAAGCAACUCUACAGUUUAAAUCACAGAAAGACGUUAAUGAACACCUCAACAACCCUGAAACUGACUUUUUCCACAAUACCCAUAACUCAACCAAUUUUGGGGAGAAUCAUCUCCAGAUGUCAGGUCAUAUCAAUCAGUAUUUCAAGGUGUCCAGCAGGUUGGAAGACACAGACACAAAUCUCCAAAAUGCGACAAACCCGCUCAAUGCAGACAGAAAAGGGACUUUCUCCUUUAUGGACUACUUCCAUCUCCCCUCAAAAGCCAUACCUGACCUGCUGGGGGCUUACUGGAACCAGGACCGUCCGUCCAUGACCAGAAAGCCUGCCAUGACAUCGCCAGGAGCCGGGUUGAAUAAAAAACCUGUUGUAAGCCACAAGCAGGCAGAAGAACUAAUACAUGGGUUGAUCCAAGGCCUGAGGCAGGCUUCCUCUGCAGAGGCCCUGACAACCUGUGUGGAGGCGCUGAAUGACCACCUGAUCCACCACCCAUCAUGCAAAGCUUUAAUGUGGAAGGAAAAAACAGCUGUUACAUUACUGAGACAGCGGCGAGUCUAUGGGAACAACCAGGUUCUUCAGAGUGCCAUAAGAGAAGCUUUGGCUCUUAUUGGCUAUGUUGACCCGGUCAAAGGGCGUGGCAUCAGAGUGCUUUCUAUUGAUGGUGGCGGCACAAGAGGUGUGGUGCCUCUGCAGGUAUUAAAAUUACUGGAAGCAGAGACAGGAAAGAAGGUCCAUCAGCUGUUUGACUACAUUUGUGGGGUCAGCACAGGUGCUGUGUUGGCCUUCAUGCUCGGCCUGGCUCAUUUUUCCCUGGAGGAGUGCGCUGACAUGUAUCGCCGCUUUGGCUCCGAAGUAUUCCGUCAAAACCGUUUGGUUGGCACGGUGAAAAUGGGCUGGAAUCACUCUUACUAUAACACAGAGACUUGGGAAACCAUACUAAGAGAGAAGCUUGGUGAUAGAGUGCUCAUCAAAACAGCCAGUGAUGAGUUGAGUCCCAAGGUUUCAGCUGUCAGCGCAGUGGUCAACUGGGGCAACAGUCCAAAAGCCUUCGUCUUCUGCAAUUACAACCAUAAACCAGGAUCUCUGAGCCGCUAUCCAGGAGGUUCUGGCUACCCCAUGUGGCAGGCAGUGCGAGCGUCUUCAGCCGCUCCGGGAUACUUUCAGGAAUUCCCCCUGCAAAGUGAUAUCCACCAGGAUGGAGGUAUUAUCAUGAACAACCCCUGUGCCUUAGCUGUACAUGAGAGCAGACUAUUGUGGCCCCGUCACCCAUUCCAGUGUGUGCUGUCCCUUGGCACCGGUCGCUAUGACAACCCUAAGAGAGGCCCUACAACUUCCACCAGUCUGAGGGCUAAAAUCAGUAACCUGAUUAGCAGUGCAACCGACACUGAAGGCGUCCACACACUUUUAGAUGACCUGCUCCCCCGCGAUGUCUAUUUCCGCUUCAACCCCAUACUGAGUGCUGAGGUGACCCUAGACGAGAGCCGGCCGGGGGCCCUGGACCAGCUGGAGAGAGACACCCAGGUCUACCUCGAGAGAAACCGGCUAAAACUGGCUCGGCUCUGUUUGGUGCUCGGGGCAGAGCGAUCGGCUGUUGGCAGAACCAAGGACUGGUUCAGUGAGUGGACCUGGGUGAUGAAGCAGAGAUGGAUGUAAGGUUUUGUUCACCCUUGUCAAGUUUGGUUCGGUCAAAAAUGCUCUGCUGGUACGGAUCAUUUGGUCAAGUGGGAACCUCGGGGUGAACAAACAAGCUGACUAAAAUUGUUUGAGAGAUGUAUCUCAAUCCAGUUCAUUUGUGAAUGGUGGUAUAUGGUACAUGUAUGUGUAUGUAUACUUGUAUGUAUAUGUAUACAUGUUUAUAUGUAUGUAUGUAUAUAUACGUACAUAUUUAUGUACGUAUAUAUACAUAUGUAUCCAUAUGUAUGCAUGUGUAUACUUGUAUGUUAAUAUGUAUAUAUUUUUGUAUAUAUAUUUGCAUAUCCUGUAUAUAGAAACAUACAUAUAUGUUAGCAAUGCCACGUUAUGUUAACAGUCAUGUAUUCUUAAACAAAAGCUCUCCACGAUGAAAUGAUUUUCAGGAAGUGCUUGAUGAUGGGUCGUGGUUCUACAUGAGUUGGCUAACAAAUGGCAUACCAUAGAGCAUUGGUGUCAAGGUCAAAUUAUCUAUGGCCCCCGGUAUGAUAUUUGAUUAGUAUUAAAUUCGGCACGCAGGCCACGCACCAAUACUCCAUCAGUGUUGGCGCUAGGAAUUUUCAAGAUAAAAGGGGUCCCACAGUCAAUUUUUGGGGUCCCACCUUUUUGUAACCGUUUUGAAAACAAAUGAUAAAUGUAUGCAUUAUCCUGGGAUAUCUCGCAUUCUAUAUUGUAUUUUGGGAAAAAGGUUGUCCUAAACGCUACUUAAUUCAUUACGAAAAUAAUACAAAAUCAAACAAAUUUGCAUGCAUAUGUACACUUAUUUAGUUUAAAAACAUUCAUUCACUUUCUUCUUUCCCUCAUGGAUCUAAACUUUACUGCUGUCUGUAUUUUUUUCGAUAUUUUUAUUGUAAUAUUUUCAGAAUGUGUUUGUUCUAUUUUUAGCCAAAGUAAGACAAGGAAAACAAUCGGAAGUUGUCUUUAUUUUUUUAUUUUAAUGCCAUGAUUUUAAUAGACCGCCCUGCGUGUGCACAGAUAGAAUGAGUUUGACACUCCUGACAGUUUGCAUAUACAAUUAAAAAAUAUCACACAUCAAUUUAUAUUCACGUAUAAUUAUUAGGGCUGUCAAAAUUAAGAAGUUAACUCAUGUGAUAGCCAAAAAAUACAGUGUUUAUGUUGAUUUAAAAAAGAUUAACAUUAAAAAUAUUUAUGCAAGUGAGUAAUAACCUUUGAUUAAUCAUAAUAAAGCUGAAUUCAAAAGUGUUUAAUUAAAAAAAAAAACAUUUAACAACAGUAAUAGUUAUGCACAGAUGUAUGCAGUAUAUUGUGCAAUUGUAAACAUGUGAUGUUCUUUUAUUUCACUUGUUAAGCAAGUUCAGAAGAAACCAUGUGCAUCAUGCAAACACACAGAAUGGGUAUAGGUCAUGAAACUUCCCAAUAAAGUCACAGUUUUGAUUAAAAUACCAGUGUCAACGCAAAGCGAAAUUGAGCAACUUGACCAAGUAUUUUUUGGUUGGUCCAGACCACAAAAGUGAACAUAGUCUAAGAUGGUUUGAAUAGUCCAGCCUCACUUGAUAGAACUGAUAACCUGCUAAAUAUUUAAAAUUUAAUUAUUACAUUUAUGGGUCAUUUUUGUAUACAAACAAAAUGAUAUAGCGCUUACACAUGGUUAGUUGUAUUAAAUUUUUGGUAAUAAUGGUAAUGAGCCUUUAGUAUUACCUACUUGUAUUUAAUACACCGUAUCAUUAGGACAAUUCAUUUUGUCUCAAAAAUAUAUUCUUACAAAAUUACAAUAACAUUACGUUGGUGUUUUGUACUUAUCAUCUAGUAUCCCUUUUAACUUAUUUCUGUUAGUAUCUACUUUAGCUUUAGCAAUUGUUUAAACAACUAACAAUUAAGAGACUUGUUUUUUUGUACGACUCGAAGCAGAAAUGUGCGAGAAAAGCAUGUUUACGCACUUUAUUUUGGGAAGAAAAAAAAUACAGCCAUAUAGUUAUUAACCAGGCAUUCAAAUGUUCCAACUCCUAUACAUCCGUGGAUUUUUUUUAUAAUGUUGUGAUAUUUGUUAUCAAGAAUAAAUACAUAUUUAUUUCAAA